GCAAUAUACAACUCUGUUGAACUUUAUAUAUAAUUAAAAAUGGCGUCCAACAUGUCGGACAAAUGUGUUGUUUGUGACAAGAAAACAAUGAAAAGUGGUUAUUUUGUUUUUUUUGUUCCUUAAAAUUUUUACGCAACAGUUCAUAUUGAUCAUCGAACAAAGUAUUUUAAUAAUUUCAAAGAAGAUGUUUUAUUCGCACGAACUUCUUUCUAUGCGACAAAAGGGAAAACUUGCAAGAUGUUGGUUAGCUGCUACAGUCAAUGAUCAAAUAUUCAAACAAAUGUGUAAAUCAUCAACUGUGAAUGAAAUUAAUUUAUGUGAACUGUGCAUGGAAAUAAUAAGUACGAUUCAAAUUAAAAGUAAUGAAACAAGUAAACGAUUCAGUCUGUAUUUAUCAUCACAACUUAUGUAUGGUGCAGUAAAGAUAUUUUUACAUCAGACCACGAAUUUACAAACUCAAGUUUUACGAAUAGACAAGAAAGUAUUAUAUAACAAAAAGAAUAAAAUAUAUGAAAUUGAUACUAUUUUAAAAGAUUUUGAAUCAUGUAAUAUAACUUCUAUGAUGCAAGAUUUUAAUGAUAUUCGAUUGAAUAACACUUUACCUGUUUUAUGUGAUGAAUUUAACAUAAAUACUAAAAUGGAGGCAAUGAUGCAUGAUGCUGCAUGUUUGGACUUUGGUGCCCUAACUCAUGAACAAUUGAACUUUCUCCUUCCAAAUGGUGAAGACAUUUCAUUAGAAAUAUUCGAAAGAAUGCAUAUUACCAGUUCGAAUUUGGACAGAGAAUUAAAUGAUACUUCUCCUGCCAAAAAAAAUAUUUUGCCAAGUUUAGAAGAAUCUGAUGUCACUAUAAAUAAAAUUGAGACAGAGGUAUCAAUAGAUGAUGUACCUAAAGAAAACGAGGAACAUUUUGCAGCAUAUACAAAGACAAUGUUAUCAGAUACAACUGGACAAGAAUUUAUGCCAAAAGAGAGUACUUUUAUAACACCUCGAAAGAGACAAUCUGCUGAAGGAAUACAUAUAGAAACACCUAUUAAAAAAAGACACUUAAGAUUCGAAGAUGUGGCAGUCCCAAAUACGGCAGAUAUUUCAACAGAAGUAGUUCCUAUUUCUACUGCGGAUUGUUUUGUAGAACCAUUACAGAACUUGGAAUCAGUGCAUGAAAAUUCACAAAAGAUUAAAAUAAAAUCAAAAAGAAAGAAAAUAUUUGCAGACAAAAAUAAAAAACUCAGUCAUAAAUUAAUACGAAAAUGGAUUAGUAAUGUCAAUGCUCAUACUGUUCCAUUAAGCGUUAUUAAUGUAAAUAUAUCAACGUCAGAAAUUCUUUUCCAAGUAGCGCCAGCAAGAUUUUCUUCAACUCUAAAAAACAAAUGGAAUAGUCCCUUAGUAGCACUUUUCAAUAUGCAUACUAUUGCACCAUCCAUUAAAAAGAAGAUGCAAAUGGAAUAUGGGCCAUUCCUAGAAAAAUCAACUGAACUUUUACGUUUAAUGGACAAAAGUAAUAAAACUGAAGAAUUGCUCCCUGAUUUAUCAUCGGCGAUUGGGAAAUCUGCUGAAAUAAGCAAAAAUAUAAGUUCAGAAAAAAGUGUUCUUAUCAGCAUAGACGAGCUUCCAGAAGUAAUUAAAUUUCACGACGUAGUGGGAUUAACUACUAAUGAACAAGAAAAAAUACAAUCGCCAAAUAUUGCAGGGGAAUCAUUCAUACCGGAUGCUAGUCCGGUUUCUUCAUCACUUCCAUCUUAUUUAUUAACGAAACGAGAAUUACUUGCACUAUUGGAGAUAAUUUGGCAGAACAAUCAAUUCGCAACAUUUACAGAUAUAAUUUCACCGGAUCAUUAUAGUAAAUUAGAUGCUUCUUCUUGUUUCAUAUUUCUCUUGGAAUUACACAAAGAGAAGAAAAUUAUUUUAAAACAAGCUGCGCCUUAUGAUAUCAUCUGGAUAGAAAAAUAUGCAUAAUUUAUGAUUCUUAUUAAUUAAUGAUAAUGACUGAAUAUAUGAUUUAUGAUAAUGAUUCUUAUAAAAUAUAAUAUACAUUAUAUCAAAAAUAA